AUGACGACUAAUAAUUCCUGCUGGCAACAAUUAUCAACUAAUACUCAUCAACGAGCACUCAUCAACUGUCACUCAUCAACGAACAAUCAUCAACGAACAAUCAUCAACGAACAAUCAUCAACGAGCACUCAUCAACGAGCACUCAUCAACGAGCACUCAUCAACGAGCUCUCAUCAACGAGCACUCAUCAACGAGCACUCACCAACGAGCACUCACCAACGAGCACUCAUCACCGAGCGCUCAUCAACGAGCACUCAUCAACGAGCACUCAUCAACGAGCACUCAUCAACGAGCACUCAUCAACUAGCAAUCAUCGACGAGCAAUCAUCAACUACCAAUCAUCAACGAGAAAUCAUCAACGAGAAGUCAUCAACUAGCACUCAUCAACGAGCACUCAUCAACGAGCACUCAUCAACGAGCAAUCAUCAACGAUCACUCAUCAACGAGCGAUCAUCAACAAGGACUCAUCAACGAGCAAUCAUCAACGAGCAAUCAUCGACGAGCAAUCAUCAACUACCAAUCAUCAACGAGCAAUCAUCAACGAGCAAUCAUCAACGACACUCAUCAACUGACAUUCAACAACGAGCAAUCAUCAACGAGCACUCAUCAACGAGCACUCAUCAACGAGCACUCAUCAACGAGCACUCAUCAACGAGCACUCACCAACGAGCACUCAUCAACGAGCACUCAUCAACGAGCACUCAUCAACGAGCAAUCAUCAACGAGCACUCAUCAACUGGCACUCAUCAACGAGCACUCAUCAACGAGCACUCAUCAACGAGCAAUCAUCAACAAGGACUCACCAACGAGCACUCAUCAACUAGCACUCAUCAACUAGCACUCAUCAACGAGGACUCAUCAACGAGCACUCAUCAACGAGCACUCAUCAACGAGCACUCAUCAACGAGCAAUCAUCAGCAAGCAUUCAUCAACAAGGACUCACCAACGAGCACUCAUCAACUGGCACUCACAUCAACGAGCACUCAUCAACGAGCACUCAUCAACGAGCACUCAUCAACGAGCACUCAUCAACGAGCACUCAUCAACGAGCACUCAUCAACGAGCACUCAUCAACGAGCACUCAUCAACGAGCACUCAUCAACAAGGACUCAUCAACGAGCACUCAUCAACGAGCACUCAUCAACAAGGACUCAUCAACGAGCACUCAUCAACGAGCGCUCAUCAACGAGCGCUCAUCAACGAGCACUCAUCAACGCGCGCUCAUCAACGAGCAAUCAUCAACGAGCACUCAUCAACGAGCACUCAUCAACAAGGACUCAUCAACGAGCACUCAUCAACGAGCACUCAUCAACGAGCAAUCAUCAACGAGCACUCAUCAACGAGCACUCAUCAACGAGCACUCACCAACGAGCACUCACCAACGAGCACUCAUCAACGAGGACUCAUCAACGAGCACUCAUCAACGAGCUCUCAUCAACGAGCACUCAUCAACGAGCACUCAUCAACGAGCACUCAUCAACGAGCACUCAUCAACGAGCACUCACCAACGAGCACUCAUCAACGAGCACUCAUCAACGAGCACUCAUCAACGAGCACUCACCAACGAGCACUCACCAACGAGCACUCAUCACCGAGCGCUCAUCAACGAGCACUCAUCAACGAGCACUCAUCAACGAGCACUCACUAUGA